AUGUCUUAUGUAAAUGCUCAAGAAAUUAUUGAUGGAAUCCAAUCACCUGAUUGUAAGAUACGCCUAAGAUAUAUAAAGGAGUUAAGAGUAUUAUGUGAAAUAAUAGGAAAUGAAAGAACAAAGGAUGAAUUGAUUGAAUUUUUAUAUAAUCUUAUAGAAGAUGAUUCAGAAGUAUUAAUUGAGAUAUCAAAAAAUUUAAUAUUUUUGAUAAAGUUUAUUGAUAAUGUAAAUGGGUGUAAUUAUUUAUGUUAUUUGAUAUUAAAUUUUUUAAUAGCUUAUGAAAGAGAUAUACAUGUUAAUGCAUACGAAGCUUUCAAGAUAUAUAUAAAUAAAUGUGAUACGUUAACAUUAACUCGUGUGAUUUAUCCCAAAAUAUUGGAACUAGCUAAAAAUGAUGGAGAUAAUUAUCGUAUUGGAAUAUGUAAAAUAAUUCCAAUGAUUAUUGAAAAAAGUAUAAAGGAAGGUCAAUCCAAAUUUGUGAAGACGUUUAUAUAUUUGUUUUUAGAAGCUUGUCAAGAUGAAAGUAUAUUGGUAAAAAAAUCUUCUUGUGAUAAAUUUGGAGAGUUUAUAUUCAUACUGAAACAAUAUAAGGCAAGGAUUGAUGAUCUUAUUAAGGUUUUAAAAAUGACGGAGGGGGAAAUGGACUCAAAUUUGUUUAUAGGCCAAAAGGGUAAUAAAGAUAUGGAUAGUGAUAUAUAUAAAAAGGUGGAUAUACAAGAUGAGGAACAAAAAAGGGAAGAUGAUAAAAAUUGUGGUAGACCAACAGAUACAGUAGAUGAUAAAAGAAAUGACAAAGAACAAAAUAAAGUGGAGAAAGAAACAAAUAUAGUGGAUAAUGAAACAAAAAAAGUGGAACACGAAACAAAUAUAGUGGAGAACGAAACAAAUAAAUUGGAUUAUGAAACAAAUAAAGUGGAGAACGAAACAGAUAAAUUGACGAAUGAAACAAAUAAUAUUAUUCCCCUUAUACAUAAUAAUAAUUAUGAUUACCUAUAUAAUCUUUCAAAGGAUGAAAAAUAUACUUUACUAAAAGAAAAAGAAUUUAUCAAUAAAAUUUGGGAGAAAUCACAAGAAAUAUAUUCGCAAUUUUUCUUUUCAUUAAAUGGUUUGGAUGAAGUACAAAUUAGUGCUGUUAGUAUAUUACAUGAAAUAUUAAAUAAUGAUAUAAAUUUUGUAAAAAAUAUUAAAGAGUUAUUAACAAAUAUAUGUAAUGAUGAUAGUUGGCGUGUAAGAGCGGAGCUAGCUAAAAAUAUAUAUAAUAUAUGGAAAAUAAUAAAAAAUGAAGAUUUUUCAUUGAUAAUAUUAUUAUUACUUAAAGAUUUAGAUAAUCAUGUACGUAGUAUAAUAUUGAAUAAUUUACAUAAGAUAUUAUUAUUAUGUUCAAAAAUGAAAAUGAAUAUUAUGGAAGAAAUAUUUGAUGAUUUAAAAAGAGAUAUAGAUAAUAAUAAUAAUAAUAAUAACAACAAUAACAACAAUAACAAUAACAACAAUAACAAUAACAACAAUAACAAUAACAAUAAUAAUAAUAAUGUACAUUUGAGAAUAUCAUUAUGUGAAUUAUUAUGUUCAUUACCAGAUAUUUUAGAUAAAAAUCUUUUUAUUGAAUAUAUAUUACCUUUAUUUCUACUUUUUAUAAGAAUAGAAGAAACAAAUUUAAAAUCGGACUUAUUUAUAUGCUUACAUAAAAUAUCCAGACUUAUAUCAUUUUUUGAUAUGAAACAAAUUAUUAUACCAUUAUGUAAUGAAAUUAUUAAAAAUAAAAAUUGGCGUUUAAGAUAUUCAAUGUAUUAUUGUUUGAAAUUUUUCGAUCAUUAUUUUUUUUUCCAAAAUAAAGAAAAUAUUGAAUCAAAUUUUUUUGAUUUUUGGAAUUAUAUAUAUAUAGGUUCUAAAGAUUUAGUAUAUUCCAUACGAAUGCAAGUAGUAGAAACAUUAGAAUUUUUAUUAAGAAAUAAAAACUUCUCUUUUUUUAAAAGUGGUAUUACAUAUUUAUUCAACAAUUUAAAACAAUCAAAGAAUUAUAUUUUUAGAAUUACGUGUUUACAAUAUAUAUCCAAAUUAAUAAUAUAUUUUCCAUUAGAAUAUAUACAAAAUAAUAUUUUAUAUAUAUUAGAUGAUUUAUGUAAAGACAAAAUUAGUAAUAUAAGAUUUAAUAUUAUUAAAACAAUAUAUUAUAUACGCAUUUAUGUUCAACAUGUUCUAUUUGUUAUUAAUAAUAAUAGUUAUGAUGAAAUAAUAAAGAAAAUUACUAAUAUGAUCCAUGAAAAAAAUCAAGAAAACAAAGAUAACAAAGACAAUAAAGACAAUAAAAACAAUAAAGACAAUAUAGUAAAUAAAGAGAAUAAGGACAAUGACACAUAUAAAUAUGUGUCUAAUGAUAAUAAUAUAAAUACUUUUUAUAAGGAUAAUUACAAUAAUGAUAAUACACAAAAUAAUUAUGUUCCAUAUUUUCAUUCUUUAGAAAAUAAAUACAAUUUAAUCAAUAAACAAAAUCAUGAUAACAAUCAAUUUAUAAUUAACUCAUGUGCUACUUCAUCUUUGUCUUUUUAUGAUAACAUGAAAAACACAGAUACAAAUAAAAAAAGUUGUGAAAUUAUACUUUAUUUUUUAACAGAUAAAUUAAAUUAUUUAUCACAAGAUACAGACCAGGACGUGUUGUUGGCAUCUACAUCAUUGAAAAACGAUGAUUUCUCUCUUUGUGUAAAUGUUUUAAACAUUUUCAACACGUUAUGUAAGCCAAUAAAAUAA